AUGGCCGACUCUGCGCCCAUCGACUCUACGUCUGGUGCUGCCACUGCCCCUUCUGCUGAACAACGACAACAAGAAGAGGGAAACACGCGUCGCAGGGAUCAUCGACGACGUGAUCACCGACGUCCACCUCGCUCUCGCACGCCGCAGCAACAGACAAAUGAAGACGAUAAAGAGGACAAGUCCCAACCUCGUAAAAGACAUCCCCGCAAGAAACCGCAGAAUAAAGGAAAGCCAGUAACCUCUUCGGCUCCUCCUGCUCCGAAGAAGGAAGCCACCGAGUCGAGUAACAGUGAAGACGAACGGGAACUUUGUUUCAUUUGUACUGAGCCCAUUGUCAACUACGCCGUAUCCGCUUGCGAUCAUCGAACGUGUCACUUGUGUUCUCUUCGCUUACGUUGCCUUUACAAGACUUUCAACUGUGCUUAUUGCAAGACCGAGCAAAAGACGGUCAUUUACACCAAGGAUUCCGAGAAACCGUUUGCUCAGUUCACCAAUGAAGAAGUGCCCAUUGUUGAUAAGAAAUUAAAUGCCCGAUUCGAAGAUGAACAGAUCUAUCAGGAUUGCAAACUUCUUUUGCAGUACAACUGUCCUGAGCCAAGUUGCGAUGUCGCAUGCGACGGUGGAUGGUCGGAAUUAAAACGUCAUACGAAAAAGGAGCAUGAUCUGUUACUUUGCGACCUUUGUAUUCGGUACAAGAAAAUUUUUGCUCAUGAGCAUACACUUUACACGGCGGCUCAGCUUCACAAACAUUACAAGAGUGGUGACCUGUCAUUCAACAAGGACGAUGAAACAGGUUUUACCGGUCAUCCUGAAUGCCAAUUUUGUAAGAUGAGUUUUUAUGGUGACGAUGAACUCUAUGAACAUUGUCGCGAUAAGCAUGAACAAUGCCAUAUUUGCGUCCGACAUGGUAUUCGACACGAGUAUUACAUGAACUAUGAUGAAUUGGAAUCUCACUUUAAGCGAGACCAUUAUCUUUGUUUGUAUCGCGAAUGUCUUGACAAGAAGUUCGUCGUGUUUGAAUCCGAUAUUGAUCUGAAAGGCCAUGAGGUGGAAGUGCACGGUGCGUCCAUUGCUGGAUUGCAACGAGCGAAGCAAGCCGAAGCUCGUCGAGUCAAUGUGAAUUUCCAGUACUCUGAUGCUUCCUACCGUCAGCGAGAACGUACACGAAACAAAGGAAAGAGAUCCGAUGAUCAGGCCAACAGCAGGGAAGGAACGUCAGCUUCUGCAUCGUCCGCUUCCACGGCGCAACCAACAUCUGAAUUGCGAUCCGAAGACUUCCCUACCAUGACAUCUGUCGCGAAUGCCUUGCAAGCAUCCUCGUCUGGUGAAACGUCCCAAUCGAAAAAGGGAAAGAAGAAAGGUAUUGAGAAACCAAAAGGAUUCGGCGCAUUAUCAGCUGCUACGAAUGAAUUGGCGGGAUCAUCGGCCGCGGCGACGAGUGCCCCGGUCGAUACCGUGACUCGUCAUCAGCAAUUCCUCGAGAGAUUAAAAGAGAUGCUCAAGACGGACGACAAGGUGGACCGCUUCCGAUCAUUGACCACCGCCUACCGUAAUAACAGUAUCGAUGCUGAAACCUACGUCAAGGAAAUUGUUCAACUUUGUCAAAACAAUGUCGAUAUCGCUUCCAAGGUUUUCAAAGGCGUCGAAGACUUGAUGGACCGCGAAGACAAAAAGUGGGAAAUUGUGCGAACGUGGCGCAACACACAAACACAGUUGCAAAAUUUCCCCAUGUUGGCUCCUUCCGAUCCCCGCCCCACCGGUCACGGUACUUCAUCGCGUGUACUUGUUAUCAAGGGUGGCAGCACUCGUGUCGGUGGAACGAAAACGACCAGCAAAAAUCGUGCGGGUGUUUGGGAUCGUGUAGCGUCAGCUGCCACUGGCGCUUCUACGGGCACUUCCAAUCGAUCGGCGGCAUCACCGGUCCGUCCCAGUUCUCCGGCUACGUACAGUACCCCUUCCUUUGCCAAUCCAAGGAACAAAACCGCGUGGAGUCGGUCCAGUGCUGCUGAGCAACGCGCCGAAUCAGCGGUACGAGCUGCUCGAGAUUUCCCUUCGUUACCACCGGCGGCUCCCAAGCAUCCUACAUUACUGAGUAUGCGACGCAAUGCUUCCGAGACUCAACUCAAUGCUUGGAGCGAUCGUGGAAGUGACAGUGGUUCCGUUACUGAAGAACCACCGUCGCUUGACUACAGUAAGAAGAAGAAAGGCAAAAAGGGAAAACAAGUGCUUUUCCGCGUAGGUUUAUAA